AUGCGUUUUGUUUGUAUAUUCGUAGCUGCUCUGGGGCUCGCUGCGGCAUACCCUAAGAAUGACGUGGUUGGCGCUAAUGCAAUUACCCAAUUCUUGGAAAAUCAAGAUGAGGGCGAGAGCCUUGACUUUGAAGCGCUAAUUCUUUCGAUGCUCGAGCGCUUCAGGCAGACCAUGAUCACUGGAUCAGAAACCUUACCCGUUUUGGACCCAUUUCAAUUGGAUCGCCUCUCAGUUGAUGAUCAAACGAUACCGCUUCCUGGACUACGUAUGACCCUAGAGGAUUUGGAAGUCAGGAAACUAAGCACGUUUGAGAUCAAUUCCUUGACGUUCGAUAUAAUUUCAGUACUUCGAGGACUCUUCGGCCUUUCGAUCGACGGAGAAGUACCAGUCAUUGCGUUGGACGCUGGUAAAUACGAUCUCAGCGUGACUGCUUUGGGCUUCACAAUAUACGGCAAUGGUGAAGCGAAGUAAGUAAAUGGGGUAUCGGUCGUGUUUUGACCCGAUUGCCGAAGGAGGGUAAUGAUUUUCUAGCGAAUGUAUCUA